AUGAUCGAGUCUCUUGAACGUGAUUGCAGGUUUCCGGAUGAUACCGGAGGUGAUCGACCCACAUCAGAUGGUGUUUCAUAUCAAACGGAUGACCAAGGUCUGAGAGAGGCUUUCAGCCAAUAUGGUGAAGUUGUUGAAGCAAGAGUAAGAAAGCAAGCUAGAGAUUUGGCUUCGUCACGUACACCAGUACUGAGGAUGCUUUCAGCGCAAUACAGGCCUUGGAUGGACAUCUUGGAAUAUCCGUUGGCUCUCCAUGGCCGUCAAGUAAGAGUGAACUAUGCAGUUGAGAGACUCCUCGUAACUUUGGAGGCGACGGUGGUGAUGGUGGCUACAAUAGAAAUGUCCUCAUCUGGAAGUUAUGGAGGUAAUGUUGGAUACGGUGGUGGUAACUAUGGAGGCAAAGGAAAUUAUGGUGGUUUUGAUCAAUCUGCUACAACUAAUUUCGAUGGUGGGAAUUUCAACUACUGCUGUAAUCAAUUCGGUAGUGCUGAAGAUGGCUUCAAGGAGGGAGGAGAAGCAUUCGACUCAAACGAGCCAAUGAAUGAGAACUUCCGGGACGACGACGAUGAGAAUAGAAGUGAUUUCGCCAAAAGGGCAUGA